AUGUUGGUUCUCAUCUGGGCAGCUCUGCUCUUCUCUGCCAACUCUGCCACAGGUACAUUUCAAGGAGGAGAAGAGUUCUGUUCCAAUGGCUUCUGUGUCACCCUUGAAAGAGCUGUAACAGCAGAGGCUGGACUCUGUGCUGUUAUUCCUUGUUCUUUCACCCAUCCAGACACCUUCAAACCCAAACAUGCCAUUUGGUUUGAAUGUGGCCUCACAUGUAGUUAUGUGAUACGCUCAAUAUUCAGCUCCAACAACCAAAAUGUUUUGGCCAGAUAUAAAAAACGAGUGGCUCUGUUGGACUCUGACUGGGCAAUGACGAAGAACUGUAGCAUCAUCAUCAAUGACCUCACUGAGCAGGACACUGGAUCAUACAUGUUCAGGGUUACUGAUGGGAGAAGUGGAUUGACUUACAAUUUUGAAACAAAGGUCAAUGUCACAGCUCUGAGCCAGAAGCCCACAGUGACGUCUCCUCAGCUGACAGAGGGACAGCAGACCACACUGACCUGCACGGCUCCGGGACACUGCUCUGGAUCUCCUCCUGAAAUCAUCUGGAAGUGGAGAGGAACAGGAGAGACCAGCUCUCAUGUUGUGAGCAACACCUCCACAGAAACUGUUGUCUCACAGAAAUACAGCUCAACUCUCACCUUUACCCCUUCAGCUAAACACCACGGCAUCAAGGUCGCUUGUUGGGUCAGUUUUUUGAGCAGGUUUACAACAGAGGAGACGGUGACUCUGGUUGUGACUUAUGUGAAGACUCCUACAAUCACUGGCAAUACAAGUGUGAAGGAGGGUGAAGCUCUGACUCUGACCUGCAGCGCUGACAGUCACCCUCCAUCUCUCAUCACAUGGAUGAAACUCCACUCUGAGGAAUACCUGCAGAAUGGCACUGAAACGGCCACACUGGUCAUCCCCAACGUGAAAGCAGAACAUUCUGGACAAUAUGUCUAUGUGAAGAUGCCUACAAUCACUGGCAAUGCAAGCGUGAAGGAGGGUGAAGCUUUGACUCUGACCUGCAGCGCUGACAGUCACCCUCCAUCUCUCAUCACAUGGAUGAAACUCCACUCUGAGGAAUACCUGCAGAAUGGCACUGAAACAGCCACACUGGUCAUCCCCAACGUGACAGCAGAACAUUCUGGACAAUACGUCUGUACAGCACGACACCUCAACACGACCCUGACAGCAUCUGCCAGUGUAACUGUGAUGUAUGUGAAGACUCCUACAAUCACUGGCAAUACAAGUGUGAAGGAGGGUGAAGCUCUGACUCUGACCUGCAGCGCUGACAGUCACCCUCCAUCACUCAUCACAUGGAUGAAACUCCACUCUGAGGAAUACCUGCAGAAUGGCACUGAAACGGCCACACUGGUCAUCCCCAACGUGAAAGCAGAACAUUCUGGACAAUAUGUCUAUGUGAAGAUGCCUACAAUCACUGGCAAUGCAAGCGUGAAGGAGGGUGAAGCUUUGACUCUGACCUGCAGCGCUGACAGUCACCCUCCAUCUCUCAUCACAUGGAUGAAAGUCGACUCUGAGGAAUACCUGCAGAAUGGCACUGAAACGGCCACACUGGUCAUCCCCAACGUGACAGCAGAACAUUCUGGACAAUACGUCUGUAUAGCAUGCCACUUCAACAGAGUCCUGACAGCAUCUGCCAAUGUAACUGUGAUGUAUGUGAAGACUCCUACAAUCACUGGCAAUACAAGUGUGAAGGAGGGUGAAGCUUUGACUCUGACCUGCAGCGCUGACAGUCACCCUCCAUCUCUCAUCACGUGGAUGAAACUCCACUCUGAGGAAUACCUGCAGAAUGGCACUGAAACGGCCACACUGGUCAUCCCCAACGUGACAGCAGAACAUUCUGGACAAUAUGUCUGUACAGCACAACACCUCAACAGAGCCCCGACAGCAUCUGCUAAUGUAACUGUGAUGUUCCGUCCAAAGAUCCAAAACGGUUCUGAGUGUGUGGUUGAGUCGGAUGUCCUGACUUGUGUGUGUAUCAGCCUGGGGGUUCCCUUACCCUCCAUCAAAUGGCCGUUGUUGGAGAGCCAGGCUGAGUACUCCAUCACUACCACCAUGUCAAGCUUCACUGUCAACAGCACCAUCAUCCUGCCUGUGAGGGAACUCGACAACACCACUGUGGAGUGUGUCAGCAGCAGCGCUGUGACUGAGGAAGUAAAAACAAACCUCACCAUCAUCAGAAAAAGCGAGACAGAACAAGAGGAAAUGGCUGAUAUCAUCAGAGGCCUAAACCUCCUGGAGACCCUAAAAGAGUCCAUAGAGAGCAAUCAAUUAUCAGAUGUCAAAGAUGCAGUGGAAAACCUGCUGAUUAGCAGGAUCCAUUUAGGGAUUGUGGGGGAACGUGGGGUUCAAAAGGCCACAUUUCUAAAUGCCGUGCAUGGCCUUGGCCCUGAGGACGAGGGGGGAGCCCUGUCUCCAUCCCCUACGCCCCCAGAGGGAGUGGCCGGCUACCCCAACCCUAAACACCCUGACUUCCGCCUGUGGGAUCUGCCACCUGUCCCGACCACCUCUCCGUUUGAACCCCAGGGAUACAUGGACAGAUCGCACAUGAGGACGGAUGAUGUGUGCUGCAGACUGCUGUGA